AUGAUUUAUACACAGUUAUAUUGCUAAGUUACUCACUUACUCAGAAGCUAAGGCUAUACCCAAUUACUAUGCUGAAAUAUUAUACAAGAUGCUUUGUAAUCUUUCUGCUAAGCUGGUUAUACUACUGUCAAGGAAUGUCAGUAAGUGUAAUUACGGAUGAUGGAAAAGAUACACUUUCUGGUUUGUACUGUUCUACUACUGUUAAACUUAUCUGCAAUGUUACAAAUCUUCCUUUUGUGCAAUGGACAUACAAUACCAGCAAACAAGUAAUUGUUAGUUUUCAACCUGAUAGUGUAGUACGUAAUCUCGACCCAAUCGUAGCAUUUCCAUUUUACCAGUUAACACAGUUCAAUGCAUACAAAAACCAAAUGAAUCAGUCACGAAUUAACGCUUCAACAAUUCUCACUGUUGAUCUCUCAGAGCUCUACAACCAGAAUAUUAAAACUAUUUCUUGUGGUUCUUUUGUUUUAAACAAGACAGUGCCAGUGAAUAUCAGCAUCUUGCAGCCAUCCUUUCCUUCUGUUAGUCCUCAAGUUUAUACAGCUGUGAUCGUACGCUAUAACUUCGGACUUAUAUUUAGUGUAGAUGUAUCAUGGAGGAAAUUUCAGCAACCAGAUUGUCCUGAAUACGAAAAUUUCCAAGAAUACCUCAUCAAUGUCACUGGAUGUGGGUGGACGUGGAUCAACCCAAGCACCUGUCAAGAUAAUAUUUGCUCGUCAGUUUUCAGUAAUUGUACAGAUAAUAUGAGUGAAAUUACCCUACAAGCCAAGAUUGCUGACACUGAGAGUGAACCAGUAGUUUACCCCACAUCUAUUGAUUACUAUAAUCAAUAUUUCCGACCUGCUGUUAAUCAGUCGUCGAAAUGCCAAGUUCAUGUUCAGUGCUUACCUAUUCAUAGAUAUGUUAGAGGAAAUCAAACGUGUACCAUUCGAUACACUACAGAUCCCAAAUAUGGAAAUCUAUCAAAUCCUAUCAUGAAUCCUGUUGGCACAACACCUGUCUUACUUUCACACAUCACACCUGGUUCUAUGUACUACUUUGAGUUCUCAGUGUUGGUGAAUGAUACCUUACUGAUCGCAGAGAGAAUUGAGUACGUUACAGAAUCAGGAGAAUCGUUCCAGUUGGGUGGAAGAGAAGGCGUCAUCAUUGCCAUUACAUCAGGUUUCUUAGGAUGCUCUACUGUACACACUAUAAUCGUAAUGUGCCAAUUAAAAUUGAAUAAGGGUCAUCCUACAGUUUCCAGGUUCAUUUCUAACAAACACAUUCAAAUCUUGAUGGCACUGAUCCUCUUCAUGUUCUUUAUUGCGUGUGGAACUCUGUUGACAACCUUUGCGAUUAUUUCAAAUGAUGUGUGUUUAUUGAAUCAAGAAGUUCCCAACAGUUUGCUUGAUGCAAUGUUAGUAAUUUCAUGUGUUGGGAUAGGAAUCCUUCUCCUCUAUUGGGUCUUCAGACGAUAUAAAAUAUAUAAGCAGCCCACUAAAGGAACCCAAAACAAGCCUGAAAACAUGACGUCUCAUUGCGACUAUGCUCUUCGUUCGAACAUCUCUUCACAAAGAGCUCAAUAUAACACUCAAGAGUCACCUGAGAAGACACCUGAUUCUCAGGAGUGCCAACAAUUACAUACCGAAGGCGUUAACGAAAUGGUUCCAAUACAGAAGAAGCUAUCGAAUGACAGCCAGCUAAUGACGACACCUAGUAGAAAAAGCCCACCCUCUACACUUCCCAAACAAAGAAAAUCAGGUCAACAUUCUAACAGUGUUUUGUACGACAAGGUUGGUUUAGCGAAAGUCAAAGGCAAUGUCUCGGAUAUAACAGAAGUCGAGUUGAAAGCUAACGAGUCUUACGGGCACACAGACAAGAGGUUUUCAACUGCCAAGAGCAACGUGACUGCUUGUCCAUUAUGUUCAACACCAGCCAGCAAAAUCCAGCAAGAUUUGUCAUUACGUCAUCAGUACAGUGAGAUCAAAGCGAAACCGAAGGGUGAGCAUCCUGAGCUGAAUGCUAUUGAGCAGGAGCAGAUAGAGUUGAAGUCUAAUCAGUCGUAUUGUCAGCUAACAAGUGCUGUGGGUCAGAUAGGGGGAUGUGAACCACUGCACGAGUACGACUAUAUAUACGUGGACUCCUAAUAAUGAGGGAUAAGAACCACUGCACAAGCAUAUCAUAAAUGGCUAUAUAUACAUAAUUGUACUAUGGUUGCACCAAAGAUCAAAGGCUUCAGUUGUAGUUUAUACUACUUAUACAACCUGUCUGACCACAGCCAUGGUAUAUGGCUGUUAUACCCUAGUGUAUAAUAGCCAUAUACCAUGGCUUGUGGUCAAACUACAUGUACAGCUAGAACUGAAUACAGUAUCCCACCUUUGCAACAAAAUUGGGUUUUUUGACACACUGUUUCAAUUAAAACAAUGACACACUAGAUCUACUCAAUUCAAUCAAUAUUAGAGCUAGAGUGAAUUCAAUACAAAAAAGGGUCUACUAAUGUUUUAGUCAACAUAAAAAGAGCCAAGUUCGAGCGAUGAAUAGUUCCAAAAAGGAGGCAAAUUUAGAAGAACUCCGUGAACCGAACGAUACUGGUUUGUUUGUGUUGCUUUUUUUCAACUUUCAACAUUGGUUGUCACAACCUGCUUAUUGCAUUGCUGCAUGGGACCAGGAGCAGUAAGAAGGGUCCAGACUGCCAAGUGUUUCUCAGACUAAAGAGACUGCACUGCACUGGGCCAGUACAGUAGGCUUGUGGAAUGAUAUUUUCGGGUACAUUUGCACUCUUUGUAGACAAGUAGCACCAGUGUACUUUCUUGAAGUGCCUUCUAUAAAGAUGCAGAAAUACAGCCUUCACAAUUGCUUGCUUGAAUCAUAGACGCUUGCUUGAAUCAGCCAUCGCGCUUUUUAAAACACUGUGACUAUUCUUACGGCACUGUAAAGGCUGCUUACCUUGCUAUAUUUACGGCAUAGUGAACUUUCACCUCUGGCUCUGGCAACUUCCUAGCCUCGAUUCAAGGCCGGCCUGGGAUAGAGGCUAGCAACUUCCUGUAGCAAGUUACCCGGGUAUAAUCAAUAUGGCGCUAGACUUGCUCCAUCUACAGAAUGGCCAGGAGUUCUGCUCUUUCGAGGAACUGGCCGAAAUUAUUAAGAAGUGGGAAGAGGUUAAUUUUGUUACUCUUUACACAAGAAGCUCUAGGAGUAUUGAAGCAGCUAGAAGAAGGGCUCCAAAGAGAACUUUUCUCGACAAACUGAAGUAUUCAGAAAUUGAUUAUGCAUGUGUACAUGGAGGCAGAGAAUAUAAGUCCCAAUCUACACAGAAGAGGCUGUGCCAAAAGUAAGAAUUCUGACUGCUAAUUAAUUUUGUCUAGUGUACUGUACCAGUAGACUAUAGUUCUAGCAUAUUAAUACUCUCUGCAUUAUCAGCUAUCAAUGCUUUGAUAGUGACUAUAAUUAUGACGUCCAUGACCUCGUGUACUGGAUGUGCAUCAUUGCAUGCAUGGUGUGCAAUAGGCGUAUAAUUAUCCCUUCUCCUUCUGUAGUUAUGCUCAACUGGUUUGUCGAUGAAGAAGUCACUGAACGAGCAGUGAGAGGUGGGGACCUUAUUGAAGAACAUGAAGUGGAAUGUUGCCCUGAGAAAAUACCCAGAAAGUGCUUGGAUGACAAUUUUUGCAUUGCUCAAAUCAAAAAAUACUUCACUUUUGAUGGCUGGAGUUUACUUCAAAAUAGCAUAGAUACUUUGCUUGUUCAUGGGAAUUGGACUUGCUCAAUAUGCUGCAUUGAUUUAUCUACAAGUGAAAGCAUUGGCUGUGAUAGUUGUCUUGGAUGGUUUCACUUGAAGUGUGUUGGAUUGAAGAACGCUCCUAAAAGCAAGCACUGGUUUUGUAGAUCCUGUCAUUUAAUUUUUAUGUAUUGAUUAUUAACUCAUCUAUUAUAGCGCAUGCGCAUAAAUUAUUAUUAUGGUCAGAGGUGAAAGUUCACCAUGCCGUAAGAAUAGCAAGGUAAGCAACCUUUACAGUGCCGUAAGAAUAGUCACAGCGUUU